UGCUGAGGCCAGCUGCGCCGCGCCGCUCCGGUGGGACCAUGCCAUCGUACACCGUCACGGUGGCCACGGGCAGCCAGUGGUUCGCGGGCACCGACGACUACGUAUACCUGAGCCUGGAGGGCACAGAGGGCUGCAGCGAGAGGCACCUCCUGGACAAACCUUUCUACAAUGACUUCGAGCGUGGCGCGAUUGACUCCUACGAUGUAACUGUGGAAGAAGAUCUUGGAGAAAUUCAGCUAAUAAAAAUCGAGAAACGAAAAUAUUGGUGCCAGGAUGACUGGUACCUUAAAUACAUCACCGUAAAAACACCAAUGGGUGACUAUCUGGAAUUCCCAUGUUAUCGUUGGAUUACAGAUGAAAAAGAGAUUGUCCUUCGAGAUGGAAGAGCAAAGCUUCCCCGGGAUGACAAGACUCAGAUUCUCAAGCAGCACAGACGCAAAGAACUUGAGACUCGUCAAAAAACAUACCGCUGGAAGGAGUGGCAUCCAGGCUUUCCCCUGAGCAUUGAUGCCCUUUCUCACCGUGAUCUCCCUCGUGACAUCCAGUUUGACAAUGAGAAAGGAAUUGACUUCAUUCUGAACUACUCUAAAGCUAUGGAGAAUCUGUAUAUCAACCGUUUCAUGCACAUGUUCCAGUCUUCCUGGAGUGAUUUUGCAGAUUUUGAGAGGAUCUUUGUCAGAAUCAGUAACACAAUCUCUGAAUAUGUGAUGCAGCACUGGAAAGAAGACUUUAUGUUUGGCUAUCAGUUCCUGAAUGGAUGCAAUCCUGUGCUGAUCCGGAGAUGCACCGAGAUACCCAAGAAGAUGCCCAUCACUAUGGAUAUGAUAGAAUGCAGUCUGGAGAGGAAUUUGACCCUGGAGGAGGAAGUGAAGCAAGGAAACAUUUUCAUUGUGGACUAUGAGUUGCUGGAUGGUGUGGAUGCUAACAAAACAGACCCGUGCACAAUUCAGUACUUGGCUGCACCCAUCUGUCUGCUGUAUAAAAAUCUGGAGAAUAAAAUUGUACCCAUUGCAAUCCAGCUUGGUCAAAAGCCUGGGCCAGACAACCCCAUAUUCCUUCCCUCAGAUGACACAUAUGAUUGGCUGCUAGCUAAAAUCUGGGUUCGCUCAUCUGAUUUCCAUGUUCACCAAACAGUGACCCAUCUCUUACGGACACACUUAGUCUCGGAGGUGUUCAGCAUAGCUAUGUUCCGGCAGCUGCCUGCUGUACAUCCCCUCUUCAAGCUCUUGGUGCCACACAUGCGGUUCACAAUAGCCAUCAAUACCAAAGCCCGAGAACAGCUUAUCUGUGAGUGUGGCCUUUUCGAUAAAGCAAAUGCUACAGGUGGAGGAGGACAUGUACAAAUGGUGCAGAAAGCAAUGAAGGAUCUGACUUAUAGCUCCCUCUGCUUCCCUGAGGAGAUCAAAGCUAAAGGGAUGGACAGCAAAGAGGAUAUUCCUUACUAUUAUUACCGGGAUGAUGGCAUUAAAGUCUGGGAAGCUAUAAAGAGUUUUGCAGAGGAUGUGAUUCACAUCUACUAUGAGACUGAUGAGGUGGUGUGUGAGGAUGUGGAGCUCCAGGCCUUUGUCAAAGACGUUUAUGUCUAUGGGAUGAGGGGCGUGAAGGCCUCAGGAUUUCCCAAGAUGAUUAGGACAAGAGAGAAGCUAGCAGAGUAUCUCACAGUGAUAAUGUUCACCACAUCAGCCCAGCAUGCAGCUGUGAAUUUUGGUCAGUAUGACUGGUGUUCCUGGAUUCCCAAUGCCCCACCAACAAUGCGCUGCCCUCCUCCAACAAAAAAGGGGACAGUCACCAUAGAGCAAAUUGUGGAAACUCUACCAGACAGAGGACGUUCAUGCUGGCAUCUUGGAGCUGUCUGGGCCUUGAGCCAAUUCCAGGAUAAUGAACUGUUUCUGGGCAUAUACCCAGAUGAACACUUUGUGGAGAAGCCGGUGAAAGAGGCUAUGGCAAAAUUCCGCAAGACUCUGGAUGAGAUCGUCAACGCCAUCACAGAGCGCAACAAGAAUAAAAAGCUGCCUUACUACUACCUUUCCCCAGAUCGCAUUCCCAACAGUGUUGCUGUUUGAGCAGCUACCUAGGGAAAUUUGGAGGCACGUAAAGUUGGUGAUGCUUUCCAGUUGCACGUGCUUCUUUUGAAUGAACUUUCAGAAAUGGAUAAAAUAAGAAGCCCAUCAGAACUGACCCAUACUCUACUUGGACUUUCAAAACAAAUUUGAUUAUGGGUAAUCUCACAGGCAAAGUGUAAUUGCCAACCUUCUGGGUCAAAUUUAUUGCAAGGUUAUUUUUCCACACUUUUGAAAUGAAGCUUAGAAUCAAUUUUUGUGUUUCUGUUAGCUUUUCCUCUCCUGGUCAAAACAAUGUAAUCACAUAUUAGCUUAUCUGAUUUGACAAAAAUCACAAGCAAUAAGCAAGUCACAUCUGUGCAGUCCUUCUUGUUUUUAAUGGGUGACACUGGUGAGAUUAAAGUGUAAUCUUUAUGCAUCAUUUUGAAUGCGAUAGAAACAAACAUUCAAUAUUUUCACUACAAUUGUAAGUGCCCUAAUCAGGAUACAGGUAGGAACAGGAUGUGUUCUUAACAUAACAGAUGGGAGUUUAUUGCUUUCUUACCUGUUCACAUAGAAUCAUAGAAUCAACCAGGUUGGAAGAGACCUCCAAGAUCAUCCAGUCCAACCUAGCACCCAGACCUAUCCAGUCAACUAGACCAUGGCACUAAGUGCCUCAUCCAGGCUUUUCUUGAAGACCUCCAGGGACGGUGCCUCCACCACCUCCCUGGGCAGCCCAUUCCAAUGGCAAAUCACUCUCUCUGGGAAGAACUUCCCCGUAACAUCCAGCCUAUACCUACCCCGGUGCAACUUGAGACUGUAUCCCCUUGUUCUAUUGCUGGUUGCCUGGGAGAAGAGGCCACCCCCCACCUGGCUACAAUGUCCCUUCAGGUAGUUGUAGACAGUUGUAGACCCUUGAGCCUCCUCUUCUCCAGGCUGCACACCCCAGCUCCCUCAGCAUGAAAUGAAAUUGCCUGAUUCAUAGGAGAUGAAAAUUCUACACCAACAUAAGCAUAUAUAUUUUUUCUACAUAAAACUAGGAUGGUUUCUUUUAGCCUUUGCCAGCAGAACUUGAUGUCUUUCACAUGUAUGUAUGAAUGUUUUGCUUAGCACAAUGGUGACAAGUACAGACCCAGAAGUGCUUACUCUCGAUUCCUGUUUCAUUGUUAAAGCUGCUGGGUUUUGUAGAUAGUUUCUUCUGUUUUGUGGAGGAUUAAAGGCUACUUUGUAUAAUGAUAAAAGUUGUGGAGAAGGGUUAAAUGGCAGGUUCUAAGAGGACUAUUUAGAUUGAGUGUAAAUGGCAUGUUUAAAAACAACUGAGUUUUGUCUGUUUCCUUUAGAGAUGAUUAGGUUCAAGCACCUGGGCUUCGAUCAAAGUUCACAGAAUCACUGAGAUAAUGAAACUAAAAUGAGGUUUGGGGAGUUUAAGAGUUGUAGUUAUUUACAAAACAAUUUUGGUUUGUUUUUCCUGGAGUUUGUUCCUUGUGCUAGCUUCGCCAGCCUGCAGUGUGUUUUCUCAAUAGAUAAUAAAGCUUCUCGUGGUAGUAAAACUAAACUGAAAAUGAA